AUGGUGUCACUGUCUCUUGGGCACUGCCUGCCACACGCUCGCAAAGCUGAAGAAAUCAAGGACUUCCUGCUCACGGCCGGGCGGAAGGACGCCAAGUCCGUCAAGAUCAAGAAAAAUAAGGAUAACGUGAAGUUUAAAGCCCGAUGCAGCAGAUACCUUUACACUUUGGUCAUCACAGACAAAGAGAAGGCAGAGAAACUGAAGCGGUCCCUGCCCCCAGGUUUGGCAGUAAAGGAGCUGAAAUGAACCCGGCACACUGAUAUCUGUCUCUUAUACCCAUCU